AUGGUGGGAAUGUUUAUGUGUACAUUGCCGCGAUCUUGAAUUUUGCAGAAAUACAUGUGUCGUAAUAAUAAUAAAAAAUAAAAUUACAGGCUGACGCUGAUAGUCACAUAUACACUUAUCUCAACGUUGUAAACCCGAGAAAUAGUUGGUGAUUAUUCGUAAAGCGAUUUUAUCAACAUCGUGCAUUUUUGGUCAACGUAACGUCGAAAAUAUACUGUUUUGAUCUUGUUGGCUCAACGCGCUCCAAAGUAAUCGUAAUCGUCAAUUAUGGUGGUUGAAUUAGUGUUGACAGUUUCGAUGUAUAGGACAGCUAGCUGAUAUCAUGUGAUUGUUAUAUUUACCAGUACAAACAAUUCUAGUUUCAAUAUGCAUCUAAGUAUUUUAGAUAGGCCUCCGUUUUCUUAAACCAUCACAAAUUACGCGUAUUGUGGUGCAAUUAACUGGUGCAAUAAUGAUUUAAAUAAUGAGUUCUUAACUGAAGUAGCGGUUAUAAUACUGCAUAUGGCUGUUGUAUCGUGUUGUGUCAUGUGAAGAACAAACAGUAAACGCCACGAUAGAUAGGCCCAGUGCAUUUCGCGUGUCUGCCCAAAUUGAAACUAGAAUUGCAGCAGCUAUGGAACAUGAAGCAAUUGGUUGGGUGAAAAAAGAAGUGAUGCAAUUGGAACCUAGCUCCGCGAAGCAGUGAUACCUGGUUGUUCCUUGGCUUCUUGUCCAUUAUCACCGCCCACAUCACUAAGCUCCUAGAAGAGCCAUCAGGAAUCGCAACUUCAAGUGAGGAUGUAAAAAUGGAUCCAGAACUAAAAGUAGAAGUGACUGCUAGUGAAUGGAAUGUUCCUGAAGAGCCAUUAGCAGUCUCAGAGUUCACUAGCUGCAUUAAAGAGGAACCAGACCUAGAUUUAGGGAUCGACACAACUGACAGUAAUGUCAUCUCAAAUGUCCAAUGGAAACUACGUGCUUCUUCCUUCUGCAGUGCAAGUAAUAUGAGCGUGAUGGGGAAUAACUGUGGUGACUUCACCUGUAGUACAUGCCUACAAAGAUUUUCAUCAAAAUACAGCCUCAUAAUGCAUGUGUUCAUUCAUAUUGAUGCUGUGGAUGUGCCAUCACAUGUUUGUAGAUGUUGUGGUGAAGUGUUUCACAGUGAUGAUUGUCUGAAUAAGCACAUGAUGAAAAAAGAGGAAGAUAGGACUCUAAUUGCUCACCCACUUGCUGACACAAGGAAGUUACAUAAAUGUAGUGGUAUGUGUUCAUGUGGGCAGUUUACAAACAUUGAUCAUGUAUCACAGAGGUGUUAUAGUGAACCCGAUAACUACUCCCUUUGUCGAAACAACUCUAAAUUAGUUUCUACAUGCACGGUACACACAAAGCCACAUAAAUGUGGCAAAUGUUGCAAAUCCUUUGCUUAUGCUUCUCGUCUCCAAGCCCAUGCUGUAGUGCAUUCUGGAAUAAAGUCAUACAAAUGUGAUGUUUGUGGCAAACUGUUUGCAAGAUGUGAUCAUCUUAAAAAUCACAAAUUAGUGCAUUCUAAAGUAAAGUCAUACAAAUGUGAUGUUUGUGGCAAACUGUUUGCUAGAGUUCAUAAUCUCAAGAAUCAUUCUUUAGUGCAUUCUGGAGUGAAAUCAUACAAAUGUGAUACUUGUGGCAAAUUGUUUGCUCGAGUUCAUAAUCUCAAUGCCCAUACAGUAAUGCAUCUUGGGGUGAAAUCACACAAAUGUCAUGUUUGUGAAAAAUUGUUUACUAGAAUUGAUAAUCUCAAAAGCCAUAUCCUUUUGCAUUCUAAAGUGAAGUCGCAUAAAUGUAAUGUUUGUGGCAAAAUGUUUGCUAGAGCUGAUUAUCUCAAAUACCAUGAGGAAGCACUGCAUCCUGGCAUGAAGCCACAUAAAUGUGAUGUUUGUGGCGAAUGUUUUGCUACCCUUCGUGAUGUCAAGUACCAUUUAUUAGUACAUUCUGGGGCAUAAUCACGGCAGUGUAAUGUGCUUCAUAAUUUAUUUACUGGAAUUGGUGUACUUAAUGUCCAUUUAGUAGCGCAUUCUCAUAUCAAGGAAAUCUUUUCCAAGGAUUUCUUUGUCUCAAAAUUCAUAUGCUAGUUGCAUUCGUAAAUUAAGAGACAUGUAGCUUCAGAUAAAAUAAUGAAAGAUGCUCAUACUAGUUGUGUGCACACAAAGUUUGCACUUAGUUAAUUGUUUGAACAUUAUUGUGAGAUUUGCCAUGGGAGUUUUAUUUGUGUGUGUGAAUCUGUCCUCCUUUGUCACAAUAAAUAUCCAUAUUUUUUUGUGACACAUAUGUUUUGUAUGUGUAAGCAGACGAAAGUGGAUAUAAAAAAGAUAAUCUCUGUUGCUGUAGUUUUGUUCAAUAACUUGUUUAUAGCAUUGAUGUGCAGCUGUUCGGAGAUUCUGGCAAGCGUGCUUAAGAUUAAUAUUUGAGUCCUUUUAUUUGUCUAAAAGGAUAGAAAAGCAUGUGUGCAGUGGGAGAGUUGUACUGGAAUGUGUAGUUAGUUAAAAAGUGCCAUAUAAUGUUAAAAUUCAGUUCCAGGACUGACUUUUGCCAUGCCCAAUGUUUCUUGUAAUAUGUAAAGUACAUAAAUACC